CAUCUCAUCGAUCAAGAGCUGAUCAAUAAGUGACCUAAACUAAUCAGAGAUAUUUUUAAUCAUGGAUUCAUCUGAGAAAAUAAAUACAGAAGGCAAACAGAAUGCUCCGCAAACUCUCUAUAUGCGUUAUUUAGUGUCUUUCCCAACCAUGGUGUGUUUCGUCUUAUCGCUGAGUUCAAUAGCGGUGUGUUUUCUGAUGACUUUUAAAACGCAUCAGAUGGAGAGCAAACUGCACGCGCUGGAGAUCAAGAUGACUGACAUCUGUCAAGAAUCAUCGCGUGCCGCUGCAGACGUCUCUGUUUCACAGGAUCUGCAGGAUUCAAUUAAAACACUCCUGAAAGAGAGGCUGAAUGAAGAGAUGCCGAAGCUGCGUGUGGCGAGAGAUGUGACACAAGACUGCAGCUGUCCUCCAGGUCCACCUGGGAAACGUGGAAGAAGAGGUGACCCUGGACCCCCAGGCAAACAUGGAAGAGACGGUUAUCCGGGUCCACUCGGUCUGGAUGGAAGACCUGGUCCUCCUGGACCUAAAGGAAGCCAGGGCCUGCCGGGACCAAAAGGAGAUAAGGGUGACCAGGGAGACACUGGGCCAAGGAUGGUCUUUCCCCGAUAUGAUCAUGGCUACAUCUCGGCUGAUCAGCCCAGUUUUCAGAGGCGUAUUCUGAAGGGUGAUCAAGGUCAGGCUGGCCCACCAGGACCUCCAGGCCCUCCUGGAGCACCCGGUCCAAGAGGGCCCCCAGGGAACACUGGAAAAGAUGGUCCCCGUGGCCCACCGGGAGAUCCAGGUGUCGCUGGUCAAGAUGGAAUGGAGGGACAACAAGGCUUACCAGGAAAGCCGGGUGACGUUGGUGAACAAGGUUACCCAGGACCACAGGGACCUCCAGGAUCAAAGGGAGAGCCAGGUCCCCAAGGUGACCGAGGAACUGAUGGUCUGCCAGGCUUGAAGGGAGAUAAGGGAGAUGUUGGAGAACAAGGACCCCAGGGAGAAAUAGGGCAUCCUGGUGAGAAAGGCACAUCAGCAUCGGGUGACAUCAUCGACUUUAAUGGCAAACUCUUAGAUGCUUUUCAGGCCAUCAAAACCAUCAGUGUCUCGGGACCACCUGGCCCUCCUGGACCCCCGGGACCACUAGGAAAAGAAGGGCCAAAGGGUGAACUUGGCUUGCCUGGGCCUGCUGGGGUUGAUGGUGAAAAGGGUGAUAAAGGAGACUCUGGAGAGCCUGGUGAACCUGGAGAGAAGGGUGAGAAAGGGGAAAUGGGCCUCUCUGGUCCCACUGGAAUAGAUGGGCAGAAAGGAGAAAAAGGAGACUCUAUACUAGAGGACAAUCUGGUUCAGAUGAUUUCACAGCCAGGACCACCAGGACCUCCAGGUCCACCUGGAUCUCCCGGAUACAUGGGUCAUCGUGGCAUUCCGGGUCCAAAAGGUGAUCCAGGGGAAAAUGUUAAAGGAGAAAAGGGAGAAACCGGUGCUCCAGGAAUUCAAGGCCUACAGGGUCUGCAAGGACCCCCAGGGGCAACAGGAUUGGUUGGUCUUCCUGGCACAAAGGGUGAAAAGGGAAAACAAGGGGAACCUGGAUUAGAUGGUUUUCCUGGGAUUAAAGGUGACAGGGGUGAUCGUGGGGAGAGAGGAGAGAAGGGAGAUCGCGGCCCUGUUGGAAAGAGAGGACUCAAGGGAAAGAAAGGAGAACAGGGACCCCCCGGUCUGGACCAGCCCUGUCCCGUGGGCUCUGAUGGAUGUAAAAGAGAGGCAGUGGGAAUGGGGCAUUUGGCACCUGAGGCCCCCUGCCCGCUGGGUCCAGAUGGGCUUCCAAUACCAGGCUGCUGGCACAAGGAACAAGGGAUGCUUCAGAAACUCAAGAGGAAGCAUCUCUCCCAGUCUUGAUGGUCUCCAAGAACACAAGGAGUUUAAAUGACUUAAUGGUCCCUCAAAAGACAGCAUCUCAAUAAUAUCAGUUAAUAUUGACUGUCCUCAGUGUGUAGGUCGUAUGAGGGUGCGAACAGCCCUCAGUUUGGUCAGUAUUCUUUUCAUGGAUGAACUUUACUGAGACGAGCUCUUGGAGAGGUUGUGAGAUCAGGGAUUGGCUUCAUGGAUGCAGUUGCUCAGCAACAGCAACAUGGGAAGCUCUGACAUGGAAUGAUACAGGACAGAUCAUUAUUUUGGAAAUACUAUUGAACAGUAAUUUACUAUGAUUUAUUUCUCUGUUACUGUUAAAUGUUUGGUUUAUUUAGUUUUUUUUUUUUUUUUUUUUUUUUUGGCCGAUUAACAUAAAAAUACAUCGAAAGCAUCAGGAACUGACGCCCAAAGACCAACUUUUGGAGUGCAAGCAUUUCUAUGUUAUUGCAAUGGAAUAUAAUCAUUGACAGUAAAAGGAGAUUCUACGUCCAUUUUAAAACAGUGCGGCAUAAUAGUGAGCAAGAGAAGUGUGUUAUAUUGUAUCUGUUUAUUUUUCAUUUCUUUAAUACUACUGCAUCUACAUUUUGCUAUAUUUUGUUAGUGCAUAUUUGUUGUGAAACUUUGAAUGAGAUAUAUGUUAACUGUGACUACCUGCCGUUACAAUCCCUUAUACAUAUUCCAUAUGAUUUGUUCAUAGUAAUUUAUGGUAUGUACUGAUUGCCUUUUGAAGAUGGUGAUAACUGAAGACGUUUUUGUGAACAGUUUUGAAGUUUUUGAAGCUGUUUUUACAUUUAAGAAGGUAUUGCUCUCUUAUCUUUUAUAGCAUGAAAGCAUAGAAAGUGUUAAAGGAGCAAUUUUGUUUAUAAGUCAUUGGUGAAAAUGUGUGGGAACCCUGUACAUAAGCAUUUAUAUAUAUAUAUAUAUAUAUAAAAUGAUAAUUUAACCAUAACCAAUUAUUUUCAUGACAUUACAAUUAACCAGUGAUGAAUUUGUGUAAAGUUCUUAAAUACUUAUAUUACUACGCAGAUACUAGGUUUGGAUUUUUAUGAGCAUUAUUUGACAGACUAUGUGUUUUGAGAAGCUUUGAUUUAAAUAACUGUAAAAAGCAUCUUGAUUGACCAAUAACAUAAUUGAAACAUUUUAGAAACAAAACAGAAUGGCGUGAAAUUACCAAAACAUUUUACUGUGUAACUUUUGUUUUUCAUUUUAUUUACAGUGUUUUAAAACGCAAAGAAUGUUGUAAUAUGAAGAUAUUAAACGAUUUUGCU